AUUUGAUGCUGGGUGUAAUGCAAAUGUAAGUCUCUGUCUUUGCUUGUGGGAACACAUUAAGGGUCAUUGAAGCAUACUCAAGUUAGUUGUCACUCUCGAUGUACUGUUGGUCUUUUGGUUUUAGAUUCGUUGUUUUGUAUGAGUUGUUGUUUUUCUGAGCUUGAAAUUGAUUUCAUUUUCAUGUUUCAUCUUCAACUGCUAUGAGUUGAAGUAAAUGCUUUGUUAUGCAUCGGUGAAAUGCCAAUGUAGUCUCUGUCUUUGCUUCUGGAAGAUAAGACUAAACAAAUCUGUAUACCAUACCCUUUGGUUGUUCAGUCUAAUCAAUACUGCGCCUAGUAUUCCGCAAAUCCAAUCUCUUGUGCUUCGGACAUGAAAUGAAAUAAUGUUAGGGGAUAGUCAAGAUGCUCGUGUUGGUUAACUGCCAUUUCCAUUUCUUUUCAUUUCAUUUCGCUUCCGUUCUUUAUAUUUCACUGGAAUUUAAUUUGUACUCAUUAUGUAGUUUCUAGAAUGAAUGUGGAUCAUGUUUCGGAUGGUUUUUUACUUCUCUGGUUCCUGAUUUUGUCUUUUUAGUUAAUGAUCAUUUGCUAUAUUGUUACUUUAAUUUAUAUGUCGUCACUAGUUUAUUAGCAACUAAUAAGAGUUCCUGUUUACAGUGAUGGAUUGAUUGUUCUUGAAAUGUGUUUCUAUAAAAUUUGUUUUCUUCAUGAUCAUCAUACUGUUAUGAUGAGUCAAGGUGGCUUUUGUUAUUUAGUAUUGGUGCUGCAUAUUAUGGGCAUUACAGAAGUAUUGCUAUUCUUGAUUAAUCUAUUAGAGAUAGAAGUUAACCACCAACUGCACUACAGUAUACAUUUUGAGGAGGUUCAAGUCUUUCUCUUUUUAAAUUGCAAAGAGGAAAACCAGAGUUGUUGUUUGUGGAAUUAGCGUGAUUGAGCGUAUUACUCUGCUGUUACAAUUUCAAUUCAGUCUCUUGUUUGCUCAGGCCAGAGCAUUUUAAAUUUAAAAGUAUGAGAAAAGUAAUAUCCUGAAAUUAAAAGUUAAAUCAAAUCUGCGACCGAUAUUUUUCUUUUCAUAUGGAAUUGAUUAUAGUGGAGCUUCUAGAAGGAAGCUUUGCAUCCGGAAGUCUCUCAGUAUUUCUCAAAACCUUAAGAGACCCAUGCCAUAUAGUCUGUCAGCGAAUGGCCUUGCAAUCAAAACCGGAAAUCAAGUCCGAAAGUCUUGCUGGAAAAUAAAACUGGUAGGAGUUAAUCCUCUGAAACCACGUAAAAACAAUGCAUGCAACACAACAAAGUUUGAGAAAAACCAACGAAUGAUGACUCGAGAAAAACUCAAGAAAACAUGAAGAAAACGUUAUAUCAUAAAUUAAUGGCAAAUGCAAAGAUCAAAUUAGUCAUUGAGAAAGAUGAUAUGUCAAUCACACACAUAUGUAAAAUAGGCAACCAUUGUCACUUUCCCAAACUAUAUGAAAGAAGAACAAAACACAACGAGUUUGUUCUUGUUUUGCAUCUUAACAACAAUAUCCUCGUUUCUACUUUAUAAAAAAGCCAAAGCAGUAUUAACUUUAUUUGUCCAACGUUGAUAACUUAUAAUAUAUUUCUUUAGGGUCAUUCUUUACCAAAGUUUGCAUACUCGUAAGGAAAUAAUGUGUUGAACCAUUAAAGUAAAUACUGUUUUUGCUUUUUGUAAAACAGCGAACGACAAUCAAAUACUCUUUGUUUAAAUGUCACCAAACGCUGCACGAUGUGUUCAUACUACUAAAUGAACAAUGCAUGUUAUGUGUGUAUAUAUAGGGACUUGGACCACUUACUACAAAACACACACACACACAUACAACAGAACGAAAUUAAAACGUGCACCGAUUCUGAGAAAGGAUGAUAGGAACCAACUCAAUGAGCCUAUUUCUGUUCUUCUCUUCUAUUUCAAGUUUUUUAUACUCUUCUGCUUCUCUUACACUUUGUCGUCCCGACCAAAGGGACGCACUUCUCGAGUUCAAGAGUGAGUUUGAGCUUGGCAACCCUCCUGAGUUUCUUGACGAGUUAUUACAUGAUUAUCUGGUUCCUGUCAAUGUAACCUCUUAUCCCAAGACAAAAUCAUGGGCAAACAACAGCGACUGUUGUCAAUGGGACGGUAUCACAUGCGAUGCUAACUCAGGUAUGGUGACUGGGGUAGACCUUAGUUACAGCUCCCUCCAUGGUCAUUUCAAACUCAAUAGCAGUCUUUUUGUACUGCGACAACUCCGAAAUCUCAACCUUGCUUACAACGAUUUCAAUGCGUCUCCAAUCCCGUCUGGCUUCAAUAAACUCAUGGGGUUAGAAAGACUUAACCUCUCCCACUCUUGGUUUUCUGGUCAGAUUCCACCUGAGAUUCUUCAUCUUACCAAGUUGGUGUCUCUCGACCUUUCUUCUUGUUUUAACCUCUCUCAAAGUCGUCCCUUGUUUAUAGAUAAACCCUUUCUUGGUCAACUUGCUCAGAACUUAACAAACCUUAGACACCUUGAUAUGAGCUACGUAAACAUUUCCUCAGAAAUUCCUCAAAUGAUCUCAAACCUGACCUCUCUAAGAUCAAUCUGCCUUCAUAAAUGCCACUUAUUCGGAAGACUUCCUUUGAGUUUUCUUCGGAGUCCUAUUAUUCAAUCAAUUGAUUUGAGUAUGAAUCCAUAUCUAGAAUCCUCUCUCCCAGAAUUCAAUGGAAGUAACUCUCUUGUAUAUCUGGACCUCUCUGAAACAUCUAUUUCAAGAGAUGUCAAAUGGGCCUCAUGUCCAUGGGCAAACCAUGUCCAAACCCAUUUGGACUAACCAAAUUAGACCCAUAAAUAAAGCUGUCCAAUUGGGUUGAUGUCCAAUAAAUCCCAAAUUCGAUGGGCUUAACCAUCUGGACAUGGACGGCCCAAUGAUCUAAAAAAACUAGGGUUUUCAUUUGGGGAAAAAUCCAGAGUCGCGAUUCUCUCUCUCUCAAACUGUCUCUCUCGAAGUCUCGAUUCUCUCUCAAACUCGGCGACGAUCCGCCUUUCUCCGCUCUCGGUCCGCCUCUCCCGACUCUCGAUCCGCCUCUCCCGACUCUCUAACUUCUUCGAUUCGCUUCAGCCUUCAGUUUGAUGGAAUGAUGGGUUUGCGAUUCCACAGAGUCUCGGCUCUCUCACUCUCCUAGAUUGAAGAAGCUCUCUCGUCCCGCCUCUCACUCUCGCGUCUGAAUCGUCUCCGAUCGAAGAACCAUAUACUUCUCCCGUCUCUCAGCUUGAGCCUCACUCUCCUGGAUCGAAGAACAUUCGACCCUUUCACUCUCAGUCUCUCGAGUCUCUUACUUUCUCACCUCUCAGGUAAAUCAGUCACUCUCAGUGGGUUUGUUUGAUUGUCUAGUUGAUGGGUCUGAGAUGGGUUUAGACUUUGAAAAGUAAACUUCACUUGCUUUCAUUGUUUAUGACUUUGAGAUGGGUUUCUGGUUCAUGACUUUUAGUCACUCUCUCUGGUUCGUGGCUUUAACAUUUAGCUCUCUUGGGUUUGCUUGUUUGAGAUUGUGUUUCUAGAAUGUGUUUCUGUAACUCAAAACUACGGGUAUUAUUAUUUGUUUCACGACUUGUAACUUGCUUACAUUGCUUUAGAAUGUUUGAUGGUUCUAUUGCUUUCAUGGCUUGUUUCUAGUUCACAGUUUCUGGUUCAUGGUUUGUUUCUAGUUCACGCUUAAUGGGUUUGUUUGCUUCUUUAGCGAGAUGGGCUCACAGUUUCUAGUUCACGCUUAAUGGUUCAUGGUUUGUUUGCUUCUUUAGCGUUUCUUCUUUCGUAGCUUGUUUAUGUCUUACUGGCUACUGUUGUUUUCUUGCGAGAUGUAUAUGGGUUUCUCUGAUGUUUUUUUUUUAUUGCUUUCAGAUGGAUACAUUGAGUUUGAACAAUGAUGAUGACUACCUGAGUGACAAUGGGGAUUCAGAACAGGAAAUGGACGAGAACAAUCCUGUGGUGGACGAGUCUCUGAUGAGUACAGCCGAGGUGAAAGGUAAACACAAGCGUAGACACUCUAAGUGCUGGAACUUUUUUACUAUAGAAGGAGAUAGGAUGCCUGAUGGAAAAUUUAAAUGCGUCUGCAACUACUGUAACCACUUCUACAUCAUAGACUUACAUAGAAGUGGAACCACUACUCUGCUUCGCCACUCAAGAACCUGCUCUAAAACCCCUAAUAAUACAUGUCCUAAGAUCGAUCAGCUGGUGUUUCGAGAAAUGAUUGCUGUGGCUAUUGUCGAGCAUGAUCUACCUUACUCCUUUGUUGAGUACAGAAGAGUUCGAGAAGCUUUGCAUUAUGCCAACCCGACCAUAGAGUUUUGGUGUCGAAACACGGCGGUUUCAGAUGUUUUUAAGAUCUUCGAGAGGGAGAAAAUGAAGCUCAGGCAGGUGUUGAGUGAAGUUCCGGGUAGGAUCUGUCUAACGACGGAUCUAUGGAGAGCAAUCACAAUCGAAGGCUAUCUCUGUCUUACUGCCCACUAUGUCGACACUGAGUGGAACCUUAGAGCUAAGAUCCUCUCCUUCUGUGCUUUCCCUCCACCCCAUUCUGGUCCGGCCAUUGCCAUGAAACUAAUGGAGCUGAUUAAAGAAUGGGGGUUGCAGAAGAAGGUCUUCACAGUAACCGUAGACAAUGCCUCCUCAAAUGACAACAUGCAAGGAUUUCUCAAGAGGCAACUUAGAAAGGAUUUAGUCUGCGGUGGCGAGUUCUUUCACAUCAGGUGUGCUGCUCACAUUCUGAAUCUCAUUGUCCAAGACGGAUUAGCGGUGAUAAGUGAGGCUUUGGAGAAGAUCAGAGACAGUGUUAAGUAUGUCAAGGUCAGUGAGUCUAGAGAGUUGCUGUUUCAAGGCUGUGUGGAGACUCUUGGAAUUGUUAAGAAAGGCAGUUUAGUUUUGGAUGUCACUACGCGGUGGAACUCAACUUAUAUGAUGCUGUCUAGGGCUCUUCACUACAAAGAAGCAUUUAAGAAUCUUGCAGAAAUCGAAGCAAGUUACAAGAGCUUACCUACAGAGUCUGAGUGGUUAAGAGCUGGGCUGAUUUGUAAUCUGUUACAGCCGUUUGAAGAGAUGACAAGGCUCAUUUCCGGCUCUUCUUACCCUACCGCGAAUCUGUACUUCAUGGAAGUAUGGAAAAUUCAAAAUUGGUUGAGUUCAAAUGAGUUCCAUGAAGAUACAGUGAUUGCUGAUAUGGUGGCUUCCAUGAGGAUGAAGUUUGUUAAGUAUUGGGAAGAGUACAGCGACAUUUUAGCCAUUGCAGCAGUGUUAGAUCCUAGGCUAAAGUUCAAGGUUUUGGAGUACUGCUACCACAGUUCAGAUCCAGCAACUUGUAAAUCCCGAAUGGAUUACAUACGCAAAAGGAUGUUGAAGCUGUAUGGAGAUUACAAGAAGAAUACUAGUGCGCAUAGUUCACAAGAAGUAGAAGCAAAUGCUUUACCAUCUGGUUAUGGGGGCUUCUAUGAGUUCUUCUCUCAACAAGCAGGAACAAGGAAAUCUGCUUUAGAUUUGUAUCUGAGUGAACCUGUGCUCGAUAUGGUUGCAAAUCAAAAGUUAGAUGUCAUCAAGUACUGGAGGGACAAUGCAAACAGGUUUAAGGAGCUGUCUCGAAUGGCAUGUGAUGUCCUAUGCAUCCCAAUAACAACAGUGUCGUCUGAGUCAUCCUUCAGUGUGGGAAGUCGGGUUCUUAGCAAGUACAUGAGCCGCCUUCUUCCAUCAAAUGUCCAAGCUUUGAUUUGUGCUAGAAACUGGCUUCGUGGUUUUGAAGUGAUUGCUGGAUGCGAUUUAGAUGAGGAAGUUCAGGAAGAUGCCAAUGAGGAAGCAGAAGGAAAUGGAAAGAAGAAGAAGACUCGACACAAUUAAAGGUUAAUCUCUAAUGAUGGAGUGAGAGGAAAGACUGAAGUUUAAUUAUGUGUGUAUGAACCUAAUCUAAUGUAUGUAUGAACCUAAUCUAUGCUUUGGAGUUUGAAUAAUGUAUGAACCUAAUCUAUGCUUUGGAGUUUGAAUAAUGUAUGAACCUAAUCUAUGUAUGUAUGAAGCUUAUUUAGGCCAUUGGAUGAUGUAUGAACUUUAUCUAUAUUUUUAAACUCCAUGAAAUGUAGUGAAAUUAUGUUGCAUAUAAAUUUUUGUAUUUUAACACUGUUUUUUUAAUUGGGCCUCGCGGAAUGCCCAUUUGGUCUGGACAGUUUGGACAUGGUCCAAUUUGGACUUAAAAAUAAUAUUGUCCAAUAAACUAGUUUGUCCAUUUGGACAUGCCCAUUGGACAUGGACAGCCCAUUUGACAUCUCUACAUACCAACCUCCAUUGGCAACCUCAAACACUUGAAUGUCUUGAGAUUUGACAAUUGUAACCUCACAGGGAAGAUUCCAUUUUCAAUUGGAAACCUUUCUCUCCUCAACACUCUCCACCUUUCUUCUAAUAACUUUGAUGGUGAAAUCCCAUCUUCAAUACAAAACCUUAACCAAAUGACCAAUGUAAAUGUGUUGAAUAACAUGUUCAGUGGAGAUUUUCUCACUGCAUUACUCAAUCUCACAAAGUUAACAGAUUUAGCAUUAGCCUUCAAUCACUUCACAGGCGCUCUUUCUCCUAACAUCACUUCACUCUCCAACUUGAAGUACUUUGAUGCAAGUUUAAACUCUUUUGUUGGAUCAAUCCCGUCUACUCUCUUCACCAUUCCUUCUUUGGAGACAAUAUUUUUAAAUAAUAACCAACUCAGUGGCCCUCUUGAGAUUGGGAAUAUAUCUUCAAUGUCUAAGCUACAAGAACUAGAUCUCUCCCGAAACGAUUUGACAGGGCCAAUCCCUAGAUCCAUAUCAAAAUUUGUCAACCUUGUGUUCCUUGAUCUUUCCUAUUUGGACACUCAAGCGCCAUUUGACUUUGGUAUCUUCUAACAUCUCAAGUUGCUCAAACAUCUUUACCUAUCCUACUUAAACACCACCACUGUGAUUGAUUUGAAUAAAAUUUCAUCCUCGCAUCUCGAGUCGCUGACUACAUUGCGUCUUUCAGGCAACUAUGUUUCACCUAAAAACAUGAGUUCAGUUUCCAUUCUUUCAUCGCAACUGAACAGGUUGAAAAUGUCAGACUGUGGUAUCACAAGAUUUCCAAAGUUCAUAAGA